CUGCAAAAACGUCCUUCAAAAAUUUCAGGCCCUAUUCCUCUACCGUUCAUCGGUAACCUCCACACUCUAUACUUCUACGAACCUGGUUAUGAGGCGUUUCGUUUGUGGAAGGAAAAAUAUGGCCGAUGCUUCACGUUCUGGUUGGCUGAUCGACCUGCUAUAGUGGUAGCUGACUAUGAGUUAAUGAAACAGACGUUGGUCAAAAAUGGUGCUGCCUACAGCGGGCGUCAGACUACACCCCUUGAUAAGAUCGUGAGAGGUGGUGAUUAUGGUAUAAUUGGGACAAGUGGUGAGCUAUGGCAACAGCAACGACGGUUUGCUUUACAUGUUUUCAGGGAUUUCGGCAUGGGAAAGGAUAUUAUGCAGGAAAGAGUCCUUGAAGAAGUGAACGAUUUCUUGGGGAAAUGCCAAAAAAAUCAGUGUCAACCGCUAGAUCUCAGGGAUCACAUAGACAGCGCUGUUGGCUCGAUCAUAAAUGGCUUACUUUUCGGGUUCCGAUUUGACGAAAGCAAUAUUGAUCAAUUUUAUCGUUUGAAAGCUGUGCUCGUUCGAAUAAUGGAAAUCAGUGCUCGCCCACUUUUCGUGGUGUAUAUGCUAUUUCCAUGGUUGGAGGUAUUUCCAUUUUUCAAAACGUACGGCAAAGAAGUUCAAAAACAAAGUGGAGAACUGUUUCGUAUGUUUGACGAACAAAUAGAAAUCCACAAAGCAGAAAUCGAUUUUGAUAGUGAGAAAAGUACUGAUUACGUCGAAGCAUAUCUGAAAGAACAAAAACGAUUGGAGAAGGAGCCAGAAAAUGGGGGAUUCACUCAGGCACAACUUCGAAACGCAUGUCUCGAUAUGUGGAUAGCUGGAAUGGAGACAACGUCGAACACUCUGUACUGGGGAGUACUGUAUGUGUUACUGCAUGAUGAAGUACAAAAGUCGAUACAUCGAGAAAUGGAUACUGUAAUUGGUUCUGACCGUUUAAUAACGAAUGCUGACCGAAGCAAAUUGCACUAUAUGAAUGCUGUAAUCGAUGAGGUGCAACGACUCGCUAACCUUUUGCCAAUGAACGUUCUCCACGAGACCACAUGUGACGUCGAAAUCGACGGCUAUCAUAUCCCAUCAGGGACCCUCUUUCUACCACAGAUCUCUUCUGUAUUGUAUGAUGAAAAGGUCUUCCCCCAUCCGUACGAUUUUGAUCCACGACGGCAUUUAACUGAAAAUGGAACUUUUGUACGAAUCGAUGAAAUGGUUAGCGAUUCACUCAGCAGCUGUGAACCUCUACAGAAGGUUCACGGUCCCGAGUCCAGUUUUAAAGAUGUAUCCACCCAUGGAAAUCAACGACCAUCAACUGUGAAGAAAUUCGGCGGUACAGUACGAGCACAAGACUUUUGCGUGGUGCUUCAGGAAAGACAUUAG